AUGACACAGAGUCGCCAAAAGUCCUACACAGAUAUUAGGAGAAGGCCGUUAGAGUUUGAGGUGGAUGAGUGGGUAUAUCUUAAUAUUUCACCCAUUAAGGGGUUUAUGAGGUUUGGUAAGAAGGGGAAACUUAUUCCCCGGUAUAUUAGACCUUAUAGAAUAUACAAGAGAGUUGGCGAUGUAGCUUAUGAGUUGGAGCUACCACCAGAAUUAGCAGCGGUUCAUCCGGUAUUUCAUAUAUCCAUAUUGAAGAAGUUCAUGGGUGAUCCAUCAUUGAUAAUACCAACUGAGAAUGUUGAAAUUAAGGAUAGAUUAUCCUAUGAAGAAACUCUGGUCCAAAUUUUGGAUCGUCAAGUUCGCAAGUUGAGGAUAAAGGAAGUGGCGUCAGUCAUGGUUCUUUAG